UACUCCAAUGACGAAUGUUCUUUUCCUUGCUUUAGCUUUAGCAUUUUUUGGACUUUCAGCCAUUGAUUCCGCUCAAGCAAGAACGUUACCAGACAGGUUUGGCCUCAAAGUUGCAAAAACAUUAGCUACCCCGCCACCUCCGUGUAUGGUACAUUCGUCAAAAUCCAAGGAAUCAACGAGAGAUUAUCAGAAGUACUUGACUUCGCCACCACCAACGACUAGUUAUGAUCAAGAGACCUUGAGCUCACCUCCAAGGCCUGACUCGACAAAAAGCCAACUUGAUAUUGAGUCUCCAUGCAAUAAUGAAGAGAGUCCAUGCAUUAAUGAUGGUUGCAUAUCUAUGAUAACAGAUUUUGAGAGGCCUAUUCCUAGUUCAAACCCACCUCCAAAACCACAAACUCCUACGGUGCCAUUACUGAGUCCAAAAUCACCUCCAAGGCAACAUAUACCUCGUGUCAGCUAGAAAUCAUCAUGCAUGAUGAUCUCUUGAUAGUUAAUCAAGUACAUGCUCUCGCUGUAUAAGUUACUGGCUUGGUUUUCACAUCAAGAAAUUCAACUGUUACUAAGGUUUCGAAAAGUUUAGGUGCUGGGCCGCUGGGAUGCUUUUUGUGCUUGGCAAAUCUUAUCUCUCAUUUAGAAAGUGUAGGCUUCUACUGGGUUUGCUUCCUUACGAGAUUAAUUGAGUUGUUGGUCAUGUUUGUUUGUAGUUUCUUGGUACACACACUUUGCUUAUUUCUCCA